AUGAUGGAUUAUACCGUACCCGUGCAUCAACAGAUGCGCUCUAUUGUCGGAUUUUUCGCAACACGACGAAAUGCAGCCCUCAUUCGCCCGGAUAUGCAAACUUCGACAUGCCCCGUAAAACACGCGAAGCGGACAACAGGUCUGCGUCGAUAUUCGGUCGUUGGCGCGCUACCAAGCCUGCCACAAACACCUCAUUUAGCCGACGCAAAGGAACAUUUAGCUCAGCAAUUAUUAGGCAAAGCUUCAUUACUUCCGGCUACCAUGUAUCAAACAUUGUGGUCUCAACCGUUUCCGUCAGCUGCUCACUUUGCACCGGAUGUGAAGCCAUUCGCCUAUCUCGAAUCACCACAUGGAGGCCCUCGUGUCGAUAUUGUUAGUAUUCCCCGAGAUGUCGUCGAGACUGAGACGCUCAAACUGGAUACGGUAAUCGAAAAGUACCCAAAGUUGCUCACGGAACUCUUCGAACGUGGCCCAUCGGAUGCGUUUUUCCUUGCCAAAUGCUGGGCAAAUGUCUCGUUUGACUCCUCCGAUACUGAGAACAGCCUGUACGCGGUCGAUUCGUACUAUCAUUCUCAGCCAAAAGUUUCGACAUCAGCGUUUCCAACGAAGGUCUGCUCGUUUGGAAAUGAGGUCGUCGAAAAAGUUGAGGUCUAUUCCCCUGAUGAGGAGAACGGCCAUUACUCAUUCCGACUGGAACGUUCACCAAUUUGCGAGUACAUGGUGAAAUUCAUUUCGGAAUUGAAAAAACUCGAAUCACGUGACUACAUGAACAACGUGCUCGAGAACUUCACUGUCCUUCAGGUUGUCACCAAUCAAGCCACUGGCGAAACACUUAUGGUAAUCGGUUUCGUGUUCGAAGUGAACGAUCUUCCCGAAGCGAAUUGCUCGAUUUUCCGAUUGGUCGCCUAA